CUAUGCCAGUAUGUCGGUUCGAGUCGUAAUGUUGUUCUGGUGACAAAAAUUAAAAGGCAAGCAAAACUUUUGUAACACUAGAAGAAUAUAUCAGCAGAAAAAAUGUAGAUCCGCAGUGAAACACAAUCAACACUUCUCUGACAACAAGGGAAGGAGAGACCGCAUAGAAGAGAUUGUGUAUAUAUGUGGCUUUCUCUUAGCGCCUCGUGCUUUUCGUAUCGAAGAACGACGUACAAAAUUACCGUUGGAAAGAUACUACGAAAAUCAACGACUUAUAAAAAAUACACAAAAUUACAACUUUAAAAAAAGACUAAAUAAGCACAGCUGGGUUUAAAACUGCAGCGUCAUUCUUAAGGCCGAAAACUUUGGACUUUGACCAGUUUGGGGCCGCUCAACAUUCAGUAGUGAUCACUCUGACAUUAGCCAUGGUUGAGGAUUCGCUUUUAUUGCGCUUCGCAGUCACAUGCGGAUCUUUUACGAUAGGGCUAGUCUUUGCAAUCAUUUCAGUGUUACGAAUUUUGAUAAACAUUGCAAGGAAAGGGCCAGGAACAGUCUUUUACCAUAAGAGAAGACCAAGACCUCCUUUAUGUAUGCAAGACCCAAGUUUGGGCGUCCAUGGAUAUGCCCAUCUGGAGGAUGUUCGCCUGCAUUAUGUAACCAAUGGCAGUGAGGACAAGCCACUUUUGCUGCUUGUACAUGGAUUUCCAGAGUUUUGGUAUUCGUGGCGUUACCAACUCAAAGAGUUUCAUGAUAACUACAGAGUGGUAGCUGUUGACCAGAGGGGUUAUGGAGAUUCUGACAAACCUAAUGGUGUACACAACUAUACUGUGGCUACACUUGUCAGUGAUCUAAGAGAAUUGGUUACUACACUUGGCUGCAAGAAAUGUACUGUAGUUGGCCAUGACUGGGGUGGAAUUAUUGCCUGGGCAUUUGCCCAGACAACUCCUGACAUGGUGGAACGUCUGAUUAUCCUUAACUGCCCGUCCUCUGCUGCCUAUGUCAAGCAUUGCAGUAAUGGUUUGAGUCAGCUAAAAAAGUCUUGGUACAUAACCUUGUUCCAGGUACCAUGGAUACCUGAACUGUUUCUGAGCACAGAAGACUAUGCUGCUUUGACUAACUCUUUCACAGCAAGACCUAUGGGAGUUCGUUCAGGAGCAAUGACUGAAAAUGAUGUGGAGGCUUAUAAAUAUACUUUUCAGCGCAAUGGCUUCACUGCACCAUUAAACUACUAUCGGGCUCUCCUACGUUAUCCACAGUUUGCUUUUAUUCGCCUUCAGUCACCACAACUCAGAGUUACAUGCCCAACUCUCAUCAUCUGGGGAUGCAAUGAUGCUGCACUGGACAAGGAACUGGCUGCUCUGUCUGCAGAGACGGUGGAAGGGGAUGUCACUGUCAAGUACAUCGAAGAAUGCAGCCACUGGACCCAGAUGGACAGACCCGAAGAUGUCAACAAGUACAUGAGGGAGUUUCUCGAGAAAACUGAAAAGAAGACUAUGCUGUGAAUGACAAUUCAGGAGUAUGUGAGAGUGAUUCCAGCUUACUAGCUUAAGGGGACUGCUCUUUCUCUCUCUCUGUUUUAUUUGUUUGGAUCUGUGUUGACUCUGGUGCUGCCUGUUGCCUUGUUCUUUUUGUUGUUCAUUUUAUGUUACUUUUGAUUGUUAUGUGAAAGCACCAGCUUUUUUUCUACUGAAAACAACUUCUUUCAUUAAUGUUGUUUUACAGCCUGUUCAACUGAGCCAUCUUGUAUAAACAUUUUUUGCUUGAUAGGAUUCCUUGUUGCCGUUUCUCUUUUGGUUUUUGCUUUUGAUUGACAGAUAUGUAUUUUUCAAUUUUUUUCAUGUACAGACCUAGUGCUUUUUUCAUUACGUUUUCUGCUCCAUCUUUACAUUUUUUAUUUGUGCACAUACAGAAAAUAUCAAUUGCACUCAUGAUGAAAAGUGUUUUUAUUCUUCCUUCUUGCUUCAUGGAUUUUGUCAACUACUGAUAACUCAUACUACCUUGUUUACAGAAUUGGUGACUUUGUGCUCCUAGCAGUUAUUGUAUAAUGUUUUUGUGAAGCACUUUGAACCUACCUUGAUUGGAAAAGGAACUAUAAAAAAGCUCAUGAUUAUUAUUGCUGCUAUAAUUUCAUGUAACAAACUUAAAGUGCUUUACGCACAUACAGGUGCAUAAACACAUACUUUUCUAGAAUAAGCAUGCAUGCACAGGCACACACGUAUAUACACAUACACAGAGGAUGCGGGAAAAUAGAGUAACCAGCGAAAACCAACAAAGGUCGGGUUAGUCAUGCAGUUAUGUGUCACAUAUAGGUAUGCUGGAGCCAAGAUGUGAACCCAGAACACCCAAUUUUCAUUAUGGUGACAAGCAUGUUUGCCACUGUACUACCUGGACCUCAGUUAAAUAAAGAUUUUAACUUUAA